CCUGCCCGUCCAGACGCAAACCUCGACACCAUAGCCAACAUGCCCGUCCCACCCGCCUUCGUCCCUCCCGGCCUAAACCGUGUCCCCACGCCCCCUCUCCUCGACGCAAACGGAGAAGUCGUAGGAAAGCUAGCAGACUUCUUCUUCGACAUCCAGGGCGUACGCACCCACAAGCCGCCGCAGACUCCAGGUAGUAUCUGGGACUCGGACGCGCUGCUCAUGUCGCAGGAAACCAACAUCUCCCCUCCGACCUCCAACUCUGACGAAUCGCCCCAGGGCCUCAGCGUCACCCCGCUCGCUCACGACGACCCGAAGAGCACACAACCCGCGGCUCCCGCUGCUGGCUAUCUCACUGUGAUCACGCCGCCGUCAGCCGCACCGCCCGUACCAGACUUUGCGCAGGAUUGGUUCCGCGUGCAGAAAAACACAGAGCCGCCGUUCUCUUCUGCACGAAAAGACUCCAUGGCCCGCGAAGCAGAGGCCCGUGCAAAGCUUGAGUGGCUGGUCCCGGAACAUCUGCCGACUAGCCCGCUCUGUCCCCUCAAUAGCAAAUACAGGGGCUCCGGCAAGGGCAUAUGUCCGUACCACGGGGCGCGAAAGAAGAGCCUUGCGGCGAGUAGGAUGAGUGUUGGGAGUGUGGGUGGGAAGAGAUUGGAUGGGAGGAGGGUGAGUGAGAUUAUGGAUGGGGUGGACGAGGGGUUGGGAAGUAGCGGGCGGUGGAGGAGGGUGUGUGCUGCGUCGAGCCCUUGAGCUGGGCUGGGCUGGGCUUGGACACCUGGGGAAGAGCGUGGCAUGAGAUGAGAUGAGAUGUGACGAGGGGAUUCCUUUUCAUUAAGUGAACGAUUCUUGCAUCGGUCUGGCGUUCCUGG